UGUUCUUCCAGCAGCCCCUAACAACAGGAUGUUCGGUUAGCAGUCUGAGCUCCAGCUGCUACACAAGUCGGGAAGCUGCAAAUAUAAUUACCUUAUUAUCACUGACAGCUAAAUCUGGAGGAGACUAUGAGGAGUAGCGGCUGUUUGCAAGUGAACGUGAACGUGUCGGGGAUUCUCAGUUUGUGAAUCGUUGAUACCAAAGCUAGUUAGCUUAGCAUAGUUAGCUUAGCUCGGUGAAACGUCUCUGUUUAGACAUAAACGUGGAUGUUUAGCAGCUACCUGAACCAACACCAGAUUACAGAGACGUGUAUUUAAUUAGUAACCAUUGUUAGUUAACAGCUGCAUCUCGUGGCAUGUGAUCUAACUGUAAGCGUUACUACUGAUAAAGAGGUGGCGGUUGGUUGUUGUUGGUUAGCUUAGCAUUAGCAUAAAGUGCAGUAAUAAUGGACGACUUCAGCUCCAUCAGCCUGCUGUCUCUCUCCAUGUUGGUGGGAUGUUAUGUGGCAGGAACCAUUCCUCUGGCUGUCAACUUCUCAGAGGAGAAGCUGAAGCUGGUGACGGUGCUGGGAGCCGGGCUGCUGUGUGGCACCGCGCUGGCUGUCAUCAUUCCUGAGGGCGUCCACGCACUUUAUGAAGAAAUACUUGAAGGAGCUCACCACAGCCACGGCCAGGUGGGAGUGGUGGAGGUGUCGGAGGCGAAGGGUGACGUUGACGUGAGUGCCGGCGGGAAACACGAGCACAGCCACGAGCAGCUGCACGCCUGCAUCGGGGUCUCUCUGGUGCUCGGCUUCGUCUUCAUGCUGCUGGUGGACCAGAUCGGCAGCUCUCACAUGCACAGCAGCGAAGCUUUAGAUCCAGAGGCAGCGAGGGCCUCCUCAAAGAUCACCACCACCCUGGGGCUGGUGGUCCACGCUGCAGCUGACGGAGUGGCUCUGGGCGCCGCCGCCUCCACCUCUCAGACCAGCGUCCAGCUCAUCGUGUUCGUAGCCAUCAUGCUGCACAAGGCCCCCGCUGCGUUCGGCCUCGUGUCCUUCCUGAUGCACGCCGGUCUGGAGAGGAACCGGAUCCGGAAACAUCUGCUGGUGUUCGCCCUCGCUGCGCCCGUCCUCGCCAUGCUCACCUUCCUCGGCCUCAGCCAGAGCAGUAAGGAGGCGCUGUCCGACUUCAACGCCACCGGAGUGGCCAUGCUGUUCUCCGCCGGCACCUUCCUGUACGUGGCCACCGUGCACGUCCUCCCCGAGGUGGGCGGCGGCGGGGGCCACAGCCACUCUCCCACGGGGGGGAACGGAGGCAAGGGACUGAGCAAGGUGGAGGUGGGAGCGCUGGUGCUGGGCUGCCUCAUCCCGCUGGUGCUGUCCGUCGGGCACCACCAUUAGACCCGGAGCGGGGGGGGGGACGGACGGAGACAGAGACUUCAAACUUUAAGGAUUCUUUGAGGAGUUCUUGUGACUCAGACGGAGCUUUUCUUUGAAACAUCUCACAGCUUCUCUGCCUGUCUGUCCGCCCGGGAGUCUUUCUGUCCCGGGGGGAGCUCCGUUUGUCCCCGGCAUGGUGUCGCGCUCGUCCAGAGAUCAUCACAGCGUGUUGCACAGCGAGAUUCGGUCAUGAUAUCCAGACUCUCCUUUUUUAUAUAAUGUACCUGUACAGAGUUUAAGCCCUUAGCAUCAGGAGGGAUCAGAGCUGAUGUCAAAGUGCCAUAUGAGCGGGACGAGAGGACGGAGGACGUGUUGGAAGUCGUCUCCUCACAGAAUAAUAAAUAAUAAUUAGGAUUCAGCUUUAUAGAAGUGAUGGCUCCUGAUCUCAGUAGGAAAGCAGCGCUCCUGCUGAAUCCUGCAGGAAGAGAGACCCUGAACGCCACAUUUUACUUUCUCUCUUCACUUAUUGCUGUUCUGAUUCACGUAAUUAUAAAUAAGGGGGGGGGGGGGGGGGGGCGCAGUUAAUGUGUGUAGAGUAAGUGACUGUAGGUAUUUAGAGGUGGAGGGUUAGGGUUGAUCUCCGCAGCUCUGAAUGAAGGACGUCUCUGGAGGUUAUGGGACCAUCGCUCUGGGGAAUUUAGCUUUUUUUAUUGGGGUUGUUCGUCAGUAGUGGAUCGAGCCUGAGCAAUAACGAGUCUUUUUCGAAAUUGCUGCAGAAGGUUUUUU